UUACUCAAUUUUGUUUUCUUUUAAAACAGUUAAUCAGAGCUUAUUCUUCUCUGUAUAUUCCACCAUGAAACUUGAUCUCAUCACCACCAAUUGCUUCCGUAUUUCUAAUUCUUUACUCUCAAGAAACCCAAUUCCAAUUCAAUUUCCCAGAAUUUCAAAUCCACUUUCCAGUCACUCCCUAUCUUUAACUCCCCACUCUUCAAAAUCUUCUCGUUUCCUCCCUAUUUUCAUUUCAAAUUCCACCAAUGAAUCAAACCCAAUUAGCGAAUUACCAUCAAAUACAAACACUGCAGAAGUGGGUGAGACUGAGACCUCAAAUGAAGAGGAAUUCAAUGUGGGAAUUGGAAAUCCAAUUGUUCCUUCUUAUAUUCAGCCAUGGAAUAAGCUUAGUUUAAAUGACCAAGCUUUUUUUCUUUUAUCAUUUAUUGCCUGCACGACUUCUAUAGCUUUUACAAGCCUUGUCGUUGCUGCCGUUCCAACACUUCAUGCAAUGGCUAGAGCCGCAACGUCGCUAUCAAAGUUAGCAGAUACAGCUCGAGAGGAACUCCCAAGUACAAUGGCUGCGAUAAGGCUUUCAGGAAUGGAGAUCAGCGAUCUUACAUUAGAAUUAAGUGAUUUGAGCCAGGAGAUAACUGAUGGAGUCAACAAAUCAGCUCAAGCUGUUCAAGCAGCAGAAGCGGGGAUUCGACAGAUUGGUUCCAUUGCUCAUCAACGCACCAUCUCAAUGAUUCAGGAGAGAGCCAACCUUCCUGUCAUCUCAUUGAAGCCGGUUGUUGCUGGGGCUGCAAAAAAGACUUCCCGAGCCGUUGGCCAAGCCACCAAGUCUGUAAUGAAUAUGCUCUCACGAGGGGAAUUCCGAUCAGAAAAUGAGGUUGAUUGAUAACUAUGGAAUUGCAAGAAUGGAAUCCAUUUAACAGGUUGGAGUUUCUACAGAGUUAAAUAAUUUCUUGUGUGCAUAUAUAUUAGAGAGUUGACAUAGUUUUUUGGUACAUAAAUAUUUUGUCUACUUUUUGGUAAAUUAGUCCAAAAAAUUAUUUUUUAUUUUUUAA